AUGCUGAAGACCCUGGUGACGAUGCUGGUCGACGACAUGCGGAACGUGAAGAGGCAGAACAUGGAACUGAGCGCGGAGGUCAGCAAGCUGCGCGAGUAUAGGAAGCAGAGCCAGCAGCGAAUUCGGCAGCUCGAGCGCCUACAGCAGCAGAAUGCCAACAACAUCAGCACUCUCAUCGCUCACAUCACCUCCACGUCGACCUCCUCACCGCCAUCGACUUCAUCCCUGCCAUCGCCAUUUACGACCGCUUCAACUUCCGCUUCCGCUUCCACUUCGACAUCAACUUUGUCGUCAACGAUACCUGCCCAGUCUGCCCUCUCGUCAUCUAUGCUCUUCUCGCCGUCGUCGUCGUCAUACCAGCAGAUCAAGGCGGUGCCCUUUUCAUUCCCUCCGCCUCCGGCGUUAUUCUCCAGUAGCGAUGGGCUCGACAUGGGCGCGCCGUUCCCGCGCGCUGCGUCGGUUUUCCAAGCGUUGCCCUUUCUACGCGACUACAGCGGAGCCAGGCUCAUCAUAGCCGACAUCAGCCAAGCGUUCAUCGUGCUGCGCUCUGUGAAGAAGACGGACAGUCCGGCCAUCUCGUACUGCUCGCCCAGUGCCGGCACGCUCUUGGGCUACUGGCCUGAGGAGCUGAUGAACCGACCCAUCACGGACAUCGGGUGUCCCGACGUUGACACGACGGUGGUGCUCAUGGUGGAGAUCCAGCGCAGGCCACCACCCGGCCGCGUGGGAACGCCCUUCACCACCAGCUUCACUUGGCAGCUCAAAAGCGGCGAGGGCUGCCGAAUCCAAUGCCAGCACCAGAACUUGUGGCCCGGCCCGCCGGGGCUUCCUCAAACCAAGUGGCACCUGGUGCGGUUUGACCGGGUGGUCGAGGACGGGUUGCCCUCACCCGCACCGCCGGACUUGGCCUCGUUGCUUCAUGACCCGCUCCUGCAAUCCCUGCUCCGCGCCAAACGUAUUGCUCGCCGUUCCGCCUCUUCCCUGCUCCCUGCUGUGCCGGCAGCACCACCAGCGGCACCAUCGCUUUCUGCGGAGGCGCAGCAGGCUGCAGAGCAGGGCAACGUCGACGAUGCUGGCUUCGAUCGAAGAGAGGACCAGCUCCCUCAGCACCAGUCGGAGAAUGGUGACCUGUUCUCCGCCGUCGGCCAGCAGGAGCUCGACAACGACACACUCGACCUGGACGAGCUGGUCGCCGACAUGCUGCGCUCGCCUCCCGACAGCGGCGGCGGCGGCGGCGGCCAACUGUUCUCAAGCCUGGCCGACGACAUCGGGUUUGCAUAG